AUGGUGUCGACAGAAGAGGAGCUCAAGCAAGCUCUAACCACACUCUCUAAGCUAUCCGACCUCAAGACCCCAACUGACGAUGAAAUUCACACACCAGAGUCCCGUCAGCAGGCGUUUCAGCUCCUUACCGCCUCUACACCGCUCUUCUCGACCCUGAAACGACUCAAUCGCAUAAUCUACACCGAUGUCCAGUCGCAAAAAACUCGCGUUGCCGAAGAACGUUCCAAAGUAGAUAUAGCCCGACUAGCCCUGCAGAACUUGAAGUACGAAGAAGCAAUGCUCGAACUUGAAGUCAAAGUCUGUCAAGAAUUCCAGUCCAUCUUCCAAACAAUACCCCUUCACUCCCUGGAGGAGUUCAACACUUUACGGAAGAGUUUGGGUGAGGAGGAAGGAGACGAAGAGGAGGGGGAGCAAGAUGAUCACAAGUUGAUGUUAGCAAGGUUGAAAUUUGAGCUGAAGGAGAGGAAGAGGUUGGAGACGGAGAAACAGAAGUUGCAGCAAGAUAAGACGGAGGUGGCGAGGGAGAAUAAGGAGAAGAAGGUGAAACUGGAGGAGACGGAGAAACAACUGAAGGAUUUGUUGGCUGCUGCGCUUGCCGUACAAGCUAAGCUCGAGAGCUUUUAG